AUGUUUUUUUAUAUUUGGCUUAUAAUUCUUGUGUGGAUUCUACUGGAGGUGUUCGUUGAUUAUAUGCCAGUGCCACCUGGUCCAGGUCCACUACGUUUUAUUUGUGAUAAGAAAAAUUCCGCAAAUCGAAGCUCCGUCCAAGCUCGCCGUGAUGCCGCUUUUCUCCCACCAAGACGCAAGAAACGCAGCACUCAAUUGAGAAGAUUCUGA